AGAAAAAAAAAUUGAAAAAACGAAGGAGAAGAUGCGGAUCGAGUAGAUCCGAUCCCGUCCUUUAUUAAAGAGCGAAAGGCUUCGAUUGACAAAUACUUUCCAUAAACACGCGAUUCUCUCUCUCUCUCUCAGAGACUCUCAGUCGUUUGGUCAAACACCUGGUGUGCAUAUUAAAGCUGCAAUGUUGCUAUCGUUGAUUACCAGAGAACUCCUCAGGAAGAAUACGUGGGUCUGACUGGUCUUCAUUGUUGGACUCGAACCCAUUGAUCGUGAGGUGUCAGUGGGUCUUUAAUAGGGGGGAACAAAUGAGGGAGCGUAGGAUGGAUAGAAAGUGCUUGUCACUCUUCUGUGCUGAUACAUUUACCAAGUUUUCGGAGAUAGAGCUUCCUAUGAUCAAAAUUGAAUCACAUUUCCGCGUUGUGGUGGGUUCCUACAAUGGAGUGGUUUGCUUAUAUGAUAGUGAUUUUGAAACUUAUCUAUGGAAUCCAUCAAUCAGAAAAUUCAAGAGACUUCCCCAGGUCCUCAAUGAUAGAAGGGGGCAAUUAGCUCACUUUGCUAUCUCGUUCGGGUUCCAUCCUGAAGGUGAUGACUAUAAAGUUGUGAGAAUUUUGACAUUUGAACGUCGUUAUAUGAUUGAGGUUGAGGUUGAGGUUUACAGCCAUAGGUUGGAGUCUUGGAGAAGAAUUAACGCAGUUCCCCCUAAUUCACAUGAACUGUAUAUUCAGGGAGAAGGCACAUGUGUGAAUGGAGUUGUGUACUGGGUCAUAAAAGAGUCUUUCUCAUCUUGCAACUCCAUCCUUUCUUUUGAUCUGGGCAAUGAGAUUUUUCAAACAGUGAGGCUUCCUGAUAGUCUGCUCAGGGCGAUUGGUGAUCCACGACGUUUUCCAGUUAGUAUUCGAGUGUUUGAUAAAUCCCUUUCUGUGUUUCAUGAAAGACGAGAGGAGAACAGUAGGUACUGUGACAUAUGGGUUCUGGAAAUGGGUAGUUGGAAAUUGUUUCACACGAUGCUUCUCCCAGCUCGUGGAUGUAUAGCCUGGCCAGUGGGCUUUGCAUCAAAUGGUCAAGUUCAUAUUGUGAUGUCAAGUAGAAAGUUUCGCAGCAAAACAUUGGCUUUAUAUGAUCUCAAAUCACAACGAGUAAAGGAUUUUAAAAUCAAACUGCAUGCGUAUAGACCAGGCGGAUACAUCGAUUAUUUUAGGGAGAGUUUGGUGUUACUCGACUGAGAUCUAAGUUCUGUUUUGGGGUUAUUCUUGUCUUUGUUAGAAUCUGUCUUUCAACACUUUCGGAUCUGUUUUUUUGCUUUUUUAAUGUUCAGUUGGUGAAACACGAUGUUAUAUUCUGUAUUUUCAUUCCAUCAUUUGUUAAUGCUA